CGGGAAGUGGGCAGGAGCCAGAGCCAGGAUUUGAACUCAUGCCAUUUGCACUGAGUCAUCCUCAAGGGAGAGAGCCAAGGAGGGCCAGGGUCGGGGCUCCGGAGAGACCCAAAAGGAGAAGGAGGGGGCGGACUGGGAUAGAGAGGGAUCCAGUUUGGAAGGGUUAAAAAGAUCGAGGAGGAUCCAAAGGGAUCCCUUCAAGCCCCAAACCGAUCCCAGGAGCCCGGCUGGAGCAGGAAGGCGGCCCUUGCCUUCUCCUUAAUUAUCCAGGAGGGGAAGAGCCCUCUCCGUUUAUAAAGGAGCCAGAGCAGAGGAAGGAAGGAAGGAAGGAAGGAAGGAAGGAAAGAAAGAAAGAAAGAAAGAAAGAAAGAGGGCCCCAGGGAGCCAGGGAUACCAAUGACCUCCUCUUUUGUAAAUUGCAUUUUUUAGACAUCAAGUCUCCUUCUGGAGAAAAAGACCCCCUUUUCCAGCAGCAGCAGCAUCAGCAGCCUCUCCCUCCUCUCCUUCUAGGCUGGAGGUUUCUUUUGGGGGGUUUUGUUGAAGGAGUCGGAGAGGGCUUUGGGGGACUUUGGGGAAAGAAUUCCCAGGUUGGACUCCUCAGGAAGGAGAAAGAAAAGAGACAAAUAGAAGGGGAAAGGGGAGAUAAAAGAAAAGAAGGGGAGGCGAGGCUGCCCGAGCCUUUCCUCGGGGGCUUUUGGGGCUCUCCUCCGAAGGAAGGAAGCAAGGAAGGCGGCGAAGGAGCCGAGAAGGGUCCCAGGAAAGAAGGAAGGAAGGAAAGGAGGGAGGGAAAGAGGGAGGCAGAGGAGCGGCGCCGGGGGAGGAGGAGGAGAGGAGGAGGAGGACUGGUCGGACCAUGUACCAGGACUUCCCAGGCAACUUCGACACCUCCUCCCGGGGCAGCAGCGGCUCUCCAGGCCACCCGGACGUCUAUGCCGGCAUCGCACCGCAACAGAAAUUCCGAGUAGAUAUGCCAGGAUCGAGCAACGCUUUUAUUCCUACCCUGAAUGCCAUUACCACCAGCCAAGAUUUGCAGUGGAUGGUUCAGCCGACUGUGAUCACCUCCAUGCCAAGUGCCUAUUCUCGUUCUCAUCCCUACAGCCAUGCGCUGCCCAAUCUGUCUUCAGUUACUGGACACACAGCCCUUCAGAGACCUGGUGUUAUUAAAACCAUUGGGACCACAGUGGGCAGGAGGAGAAGAGAUGAGCAGUUGUCACCUGAGGAAGAAGAGAAGAGGAGAAUUAGGAGAGAGAGGAACAAACUAGCAGCUGCUAAAUGCCGUAACAGACGCCGAGAGCUGACGGAGAAACUCCAGGCUGAAACUGAGGAGCUGGAAGAGGAAAAGUCUGUUUUGCAGAAGGAGAUUGCUGAACUAGAGAAAGAGAAGGAGAAGCUGAAAUUCAUGCUGAUGGCUCACAGCCCCAUGUGCAAAAUCAGCCCUGAGGAGCGUCGAACCCCACCCCCUCACAGCCUCCAGACCAUCCGGACUGGAAUGAGCAGUGCUGUAGUGGUGAAGCAAGAACCAAUGGAAGAAGACAUUCCCUCCUCCUCUUCUGACCUUGAAAAGGGGCAGCGAUCUGUCAUUAAACCAAUCAGCAUUGUUGGAGGAUUUUAUGGGGAAGAACCACUCAACACUCCCAUUGUGGUGACCUCAACACCUGCAAUCACCCCUGGAACAUCCAACUUGGUUUUCACCUACCCAAGUGUGCUUGACCAGGAGUCACCCCUCUCCCCUUCAGAGUCGUGCUCCAAAGCUCACCGGAGGAGCAGCAGCAGUGGAGACCAGUCCUCGGAUUCCUUGAACUCUCCAACUCUGUUGGCGCUGUAACGCCUUUGCCGCUGCCCCACCCAUUUAGUUACUCUAGGGGGAAACCCGACUUCUGUGAUCAAAGGCCAGCACAAUGGCAUUGAAGCACAAGGGCAGCAAGAGCAAGAAGAGGAAAUGAUGUCGCUCCAGGUACUUCUGGUGACAGGAAGUACCAGAACAAAUGCAAAUGCAAGCCAUAUGGAAGUGGGGUGGGGAGUGGAAGAUGCAGUGCUGGGACUCAAGGGUUUAGACUAUGUGGUGGGGGAAAUCCAUCCUCCACACUCAAGUGCAAAUGGAUAUGAGCUUCAGUCAAUUGCUAGCCAUUCUCCUGUUUUGCUGAGGAAUGGACUGGUUUAACCAGAUUCCCUUCUGUGCUCAGUAGUACAUUCCAGUUAGUCAGUCUCAUAUGGGCCUUAACCUGUUCUGUUGAGCACCAUGACAUUUCGAAAACUCUAAAGGCUUGUGGCUGUUGUCGUUAAACUGCUGCUGAUGUUAGGUAUCUUCUAAUGGGGAAUUAUUGUUCUUUGGGGGUGAUAUUUAGGUAGGUGGUGGCAGAACUGAGAGGAGUAAAUAAUAGGUCCAAAUGGUUGCUUUAAAAAAUAUAUAUUCCCUGCACCUUCAUGGGAUUGUGAUUACGUGGAAGCAAGCAAACCCAAAGGUGUUCUGUAUUUUGUUGGCAAAUGGAAAAAAUAGUCUCCUUGAAAAUAGAUGGAGUGUGGAGAUUAGCAUGGUAUUUAUUGGUGUGCUGCAAAAGCCCCUGAUAGUGGGCCAGUAGUGCCAAGGAAGCUGAGGAAAUGCCAGACCGACUCUAUCUUUGUCUCUGGCACAGUUUCUUCUGUAAUUAGUGUUUGUCAAAUCUUUUGCUGGACCCUGUUUCUUUCCCCUUUGGCUGCCAGCCACCUUGGGUGUGAUGCAACCUCCUCAUAAGUGCGCCUGACUCAGAUGCUGGUGCCACAGCUUCUUAAACAAAGCCACCGGUUCCAAGAUCUGCCGACCAUAGCACUGUAGCAGUACUGCCAUUGUUUUCUUGUGACCAAUCCAGGAAAGACAUUUGCUGAGGGUGAAAGCACAGGAAGCUAGCUGGGAGCUCCCUUGGAGAAUUUCCCUACCCUGCUUUUGGCUGUAUUUCACUCAUCAUUUCCCUGCCAAAGGGGUGUGUGUGGGGUGUGUGGAUGUGUGUGUGUAUAUGUGAGGGGGGUAAUAGUUUGUUUGCCUGUUCUCUGCUCCUCAAGACAACUAGAGGUAAACAAACCCAGCCUUGAUUUGCUGCACUCAGGCCCUACACAUCUACCUGGAUAUGGGUACAGUCACUCCUGAAACAGGCACUGCAUGUCACUUUGCGCAUCUCCUGUGGUGCCAAGGUGAAAUCUUGUAGAGGACAUGUGCAGAUUUUUGAUUUGGUAGAGAGGUCAAACAGAUGAAUAUAGUUUACUGGGUCCCUGUGUGGUAGAUUCUGGCUUUGUUUAAAACUAUUUUUAUUGAACAUCUGAUUUAUCCCAAGCCAACUAGGAUUCCUGUGACAAGUGCAUUUGUGUUUGCAGAUUUUGUUUCAUUUGACUUCUGGGUGUGUGAGGCCAAAUGGUAGAGGGAGUUCGUUAUGUCAUUCCUCUGUGCUGUCACUGACGUCAGCUUUUCUGAACUAGAGCAACAUCUUCAAAACAUGUUAGCUCAACUGGGGAUCAUCAUUGUCUCUUUUGAAGCUUUGCCUUAACAAAUGGGGAACUCAAUCUUGAUCCAUUGAUUUCUUAAUUUCUUUUUGAUGCAUCUGGAUUACAGCCAUAGUUUCAUGUCAGCUGCUUAUACAUUCAGGUGUGAAAAAGAUAUAAUUCCAGGCUUUCUGAAUAAUCAGAUCUUCUGAGUAUUUUUUUUUAAAAAAAGAAACAACCAGUAAGUUAAUGAUUAUAUGUUGCAAAGAGAAAAGAUCUGAAUAAAGUAUGCAGAUUUGAGUCUGCUUGAUAAAUUUGCAUUAUUUAUUAUUUGCCUAUGCUGGCCAUAGGAAGGAGAAAGAAGCAAUGCAGAGCACUGAACCCCUACCUCUGGCAUUUGUCCUUAAGGCACCUCUGGGCCUCUAAAGAGUUCGCCAGGCAUAUUUUCAAACUUCUCUGUGCAGCAAUAAGAGCCAACAAUUCACUUUAUAGGGAAAAGAGAGAGAGCGUGCACAAACUGCAAUUUUUCUGGAUAUUUCCUCUGAUAACCAAACUCUGCACUUCAGUAAUGCAAUAUUUAAACCAAGAAUAAACAGAAUCCUGGCUGUAACUCUUCUGUUCUCAUUUUUAAAUGCAAAAUGCUUUCAAGUAAAAUUUUCUCUUCAAGAUGCUGAAUUCUGGACCUUUUUCUUUCUGUGUUUUUCAUUUUAUAUGCUGUUGCUAGACUUCUAGUUCUAAACAUUUCUCAUUUAGCAUCUUGUGGAGGAUUCUGUUCAUAGUAAGAUGGGCAGAAAAGUUUACCUUCUUUUUACGGUAUUUGUAAAAAUAUCACAAUUUCACUGAAGUCCUCUCAUGUGCUUUGUGAAAUACUUCUCCACAUUAGUGGGCCAAAAAUAUAUCUUGUUAAAUUCCCAUAUUCUCUCAGCUCAUAUAAUUGCACACUGGGCCAGUACAAAUGCUUAAUGCAACAUAGGUGCCUGUCCUUUCAUGCUUGUAAACUAAAGAACUGUUGGCAGAAGUGUGUUUGUGGGGUGUUAUCUGAAAUGCUAAGUAUUAUCCAGGUCUGUGUCUGGCAAUGUUUGGCUGUAGGUAAGAUCAAAAUUUGAUGUCUGCUGUGAUGCUCCCACCACUUUACAGGUCACUCAGAUCAAAGGAUAUACUGUACUGUAAUUUCUCACAGAAAACCUGGAGGACAGGACUGGAGAAAAACCUUUUUUGUUGCAGCCUAUUUAUUAGCCAGCAUGGUGGUUUUUAGUGUUGGAAUAGGAUGUUAGGAGGCAAUAAUUCAAAUACUUGCUCAGCCAUUGAAAUCCACUGGUUAAAUUUGUGCAAGUCGCACUUUCUGAGCCUCAGAGGAAGGCAAUGGCAAAAAUCCUUGGAAUAAACUGUGCCAAGAAACCACUAGGGCCCCAUUCCCACUGGGCAAAAAAAAGCGGUUUAUAUUGCUGUGAUUCUGACUCGGAUUUUUUUCCAAGUCGUUUUCUAAUCUGCUCCCUUGCUCCCAUUACAAAAGGGGGCAAACGGACUCGGGGGUUUUUUUAACCCAUGUUCUCAUUCCCAUUGAAAUUUUUCUCAGUUGUAAUUUGAAGCAGACUUUUUUGCUCCCCAUUCCCGUUGCCCUUCCGGAACCUCUUUUUUUAAAAAUUAGCUAUCAAUCAAGCACCUAAGCGCUUGACAUCACAACCAAUCAAUCACUUAGGUGCUUUUCCCCUCUGGGAAAAAGAGAGCCUCUAUUCCUCCCAGGUCCCUUUGCCUUCCAGGCUCUCCUGUGUCUUCCCAGACUCCCUCUGGGAAAGGGAAAAGGGAGCCUCCAUCCCCCAAGUCCCUUUGCCUCACCAAUUGCUCCCUGGGCUGUUUGGGGGUGAUCGAGCAGGCAUGUAAAAAAAAAAAAAGAAAUAAUAAUAGUUAAAAAUGAUGUUCAAUGGGUCUCUUCACAUAUCGAUCUAUGCAUGUGGAGCAGGGGGAGUUGCAGGGGGGGCGUAAUGUGUUUACCGUAUUUGGAGGUCAGUGUAGCAAUUUGCUAUGUUUGGACACCUGACAGAGCACCUAAGUGAUCGAAAGCUUAAUUUAAAAAAAAUGUCUACACAUGCAAUCGCCUUACCCUACUCCACCGGCUAUGAGAACGGGAGAAAAUGGCGCUGGUAAUGCAGGAAAGAGAACAAGCGGGUGACACCCCCAGGCCAGCCCCUUGAGCUCCUACCAUCCCCAAGUUCCUGAAUCAGACACCCUUGUCGUUACCAUUCAUUUGCCCCGAAUCAGACUCAGGAGGUGCAGGAAAAACCUCUAAAAAUGUGCAGUCAAAUUAAUCCAAUUUAUCCGCCACUGAUUCGGGUUUUUCCAAGAAAAAAUUGAUUACAUGGGUAUCAGAUCCGAAUUCCAACGGGAACGAAAUUGGCACAAUGAGGACUGAAUGAGUGCUCAAAUGGGAACAAUGCCCCCAUAAUUCAAGUCUUGAUCCGCAUUAUAAGCCAGUGGGAAUCGGGCCUAGGAUAGGGUUGCCAUAAAUUAGAUAAUCAAUGUUUAGAACUUGGUUGUCCUGGGACAAAUAAGGCAGGUUAAUUUUGUGAAAGCACACCAGUGAAAAAAAGAUUCAGAGCUUACCUGGAGAGAAUACCGGGGAUAGCAACCAGAAGCAGUUAACCAAUGCUGUUUCUAGACAUCCAGUCUUUUGGAACAGCUUCUUAACCUCAGAGAACUCUUUGAUUUUUACUGAGUUUUUGUUUCUUGUUUUACACCAAAGGGUUCAUUUAUUUCAGUGAAUAGAGGUUUCUUGGGCCUAGCAACUGUGGCUUUCCCAUGUCAUUUUUCUUCAUCUGAAAUGUGACUGCUUUCCUUACUGCUUGCAGCAGAGUAAGCCAUAGUAUUCCUCCAGAAAGUAACUUACUGGAGUGCCUUAGUGGCAGAUAUUGUUGCUCAGCCAAGCCUUGCAACUGCUUUUGUAUGUUCAGAUUCUGAGUGUACUUGGUUGUGUGAAUUCAUCUUUAGUUCCAGAUUCUGGAUUUCUUAUUAUUUUCUUCUCUUAAAAUGUAGACAUGUACUUUGAAAGGGCAUGUUGCACAUCUUCCCUUGUGCCACAGAGGGAAUUCCCGCUUGAUUUCUCCACAGCAUGAGCUAUGGCUUCCUAGACCACUUAUUACUGUGUAAUGUUUUUACUUGCUCUUCAUCUUAUAGGAUGGUGGGGAGAGAUCUGGAAAUUUAGAGUUUGUCCAGCAACUUGCAGAUGGCACCUUAAAGGGGUUACUUUAGUCAAGAGCAUUUCAGAAGUGCAGUUGAAGGGAUCCCAUCACAACUGUGGCCUGUGAUGAUACUCCAGCGAUAGUUCUCAAUGAUGGAUCCCGAUGUCCUAGUGACAGGUGUAGUAUAAGAUGGAGGAGAGACACUUUGUAGGUGUGCCAAAGGCAAAGCUCAUUUAAAAUCUAGGGGACUUAUAUCAAAAUUUUAUUCAUUAAAUCUCAGAUUCAACACCCACUUGCUUACACAUUUUCAACUUAAGUCCCUGUGCACAUGUGUCUUGACCAGUAGGUAUGUCUUGUGAUAUUUUGAAGGAAACAUAACAAUCUUUCUCAAAGGAAAAAAACAGCUUGUCUCUAAUACUUCAUGGUCUGGCUUUUACAAAAAAAAAUAUCCUUGCUUUUCACCCAUUCCCGCUUCAGAUGUUUGUACUUGACUGUUUUCUUUCCAUUUGGUUUAGAAUCCAAUCCAACAAGCACUAUUGAUAUGACCUGUAUUCAUUUCAAAAUAUUUUGCCUUAGUCCUGGUUACACACAUGGAUUAUGGUCACAGGGUUUAAUGGAUUUUGCCCUUUAGUUUGCAGUAUGCUUCUGAUACAGUAAGACCUCCGGUGAUCAUAUUGUUAUCAAUAAGACUUAUUUCACCUUUUAACAUUUUUAUUUAAUUGAUUUACUAUGUUCAUUUGAAGCUAGCAAUGUGCUGCUUUUGUAUUCCACCUGGACUUAACCCUAAAAACACUCAUUAGUUUCUUAUUUAUUGCCAGCUGUUCAUUUUUUGUGUCUGCUCCAGCAAAUGUUCACCAAUAAUUGAAUAUCACUCUAGCCUGUGUUUCUGGGUGUUUUUUAAGUUCCAAAAUGAAAUUCUGAAACUAAUUAGAAAAAAAAAACAAGACAAAACUGCCCCAAAUAUUUUAUUCAUUAAAGUGGGUCACAUGUUGUAAUAGAGACUGCAAAUGAUCCCAUGUAUAUUUUGUUAUUUAUCUAUAUAAUGUUUACAUCUUUUUCUCUGGCUGAGAUCUGGAUUUGAAAAAGACUAUUAUUAUUAUUAUUUUCCUGCUGAUUUUAAAAUGUUGAUUUUUUCUUCUUUUAUAAAGUAGUUACUUAUGGGUUUGGGUUUAUGGAUUUCAUCCCCACCUUUGUGUAGUUUUUCCAUAGUUGGCUCUAUCCUGCUUUUGGCUGUGCCAGUCUUCCAAAUCUGCAUGGAGAAUUUCUGAGAAGUUCUGUUGCAUGGAGAAAUGGUGCAUGUGCAGCUUACUUUGGCUUUUUGUUUCUUUGGCUUGUGUGAAUUAUAUUUUGUUUAAGCCAUAGGUAUUUCAGGAUGGGCAAAUUUGGAUAUGGGAAGAGCAACAGCUCAGUGUUGGAAUGUGACUGUGCUCGUGAAGACAUCAGUGCUCCGUGUAGAAGACUAAUUGCAUGCAUGGGACCUAGCAAUGUUUUUUUCUUGUACAUGUAAAAGUGCAUUUCAGUAAAUCACAACUUUGCUGCUAAGUGCAAAGUGUUGAUGUGACCCACCAAUGUACCCAUGCUCAGAAACCCAAACAAAAGACCACUGUUGCUUGAUGUCUUAAUGCACAUCACUGCUUGUGCAGAUGGCUAACUUAAAUGAGAAAAAAAAAACACAAGCUAAUAGAAUGAUAAGCUGCAAAAGUGAACUGCAGAUGUUCAGGUAUUUUUACACAUUCUGGUAAUUAGAGGCAAAAGAAAAGAAAUAUUUCUCUGUGAGCAGGACAAGGUAAUUCAGAACCACUAAAUCUAGGGGGAAAGUCAGAGGAAGAGAAAUCCAAAAGCAACCUUGUGCGGGCUGUGUGGCCUGUAUAAAACAUAUAGAGGUCUUGUUUCUAAAGAUGCAUUAUCAGUAUUCUGCAAUAGAUAGUGCUGGAAGAACUAUCUCUCCAUGCAAGAGAUGUAUCAGAACCUUUUGUUAACAUCAAAUGAUAUGGUUCUUUCUUCCCUCCCACUCUGUACAAUUAAAAGGUUGAUCAACUUACUUUUAUGGCUGUUUGAUGUGGGGGGAAAAUUAUGAAAUUACAUGUAGAAUAUAGACAUCAAAUUUGUCUUUGAUCAGUGAGAAGAUAAAGUGUUGUGUGUAUGUUCAUAUAGAGAGAGUCUACUGUGUAGUCCCAAGUAACAUUGGUAAGAGAUAGUGGAUCUUUAUUAGCCCAAUAGUUGAAUAGUGUAAAGUGGAAGACUGCUUUAAGAUUCCUGAAGACAAAAAGGACCUGACUUUCAUUCUGUUUAUGUGACAGUGAUCUUAAAUGCACUCAUGUUAGAUGUAUGCAUGUCAAGAAAUCUAAUUUGUUUCACAACAAUUUGUCAAGAUAUGUUGAGAUCAUUUUAUUUUUCUUCCAUACAGAAAAAAAUAUUUUCUCUUUUUCUCCUUAACCUGGAAUGAAAUAAUAAAACAUUUAUUUAAAAUAACUGAAUUGGAACCCAAUUGUGUGAGAAACUGGAAUUUCUCACACAAAUCUUAUGAUGACAGAGAAGCUUGGUUGAGUUGUCAUCCUCUCAUUUCUUUAUUUGUAAUACAAGCCUAUGAUAUUUGCACUAAAAACAAAGAUGAAAGGAAUAAUUAUAUGGAAGGUGGUUAGAGGAAGCUUGCUGCUACAAAAGGAGGUGAUACUAAAAUAAUGGCCAUGCUUUCACAGUUUUUAAUGGAGUAGUACCAUUUUGUAAACCAACAUCAAUCUAGAUUGAAAAAUAAUGAAGGUUUUAUAUAUGUAUGUAUGUAUAAAAUUAUAAUUAUUUUUUACUUCCUUUCACCCUUCAUUUCCUUAUUCCAUCUGAUGCCAUUCCCUGCUUUGUCAUUGCUCCUUUUGUAAUGAUUCCAUUUCCAAGUUCAGAUACUUGUAAAUUAUGCUUUCAUGGCACUGCGGACACCUUUUUUUUUGUAUAGUGAGAGCUAACUGGAGUUCUUUUCUCUCUUCAGUGGAAGUCAUUAAAAGAUUCUCUUUGUUAUGAUUAA